AAAGAUAACACAUGUAAUCGCGGUGUCUCUGCUAGCAUUCAAAAAUGCGUAUUUUAGCAUCAACCUAGUGGCGCACUCUAUCGUCUCGUUUUUUCCGUAUACGCGGUGUCAAUUUACUCUAAAUCCCGUAAUGCCAUACGCUUCAUUUGCUUCCGUUCGUUUAGGGCAUUGAAUGCGCGUGCGCAGAAAUUCAUCAUCGAGCAUUCUUGAAUACACGACAGUUCGUUGCCAUCGAAACAUCAGGCAUGGCUGAAGAAAGGAGCUACGAAUACACGCCUCCUGUGUUUAGCUUCACGGACGAAGCAAGACCAAGUGCACGCUGUGACAACACCCAGGGCGCUUCGUCUUUGGACGCCUGCCCAACCAGUUUUGACCAUGCCGGGCAUUACCAGUGGAACACUCAGCACAGGCCAAUAACCGAUGGAGCUUGCAACGACAGUGCCACUGAAUAUGCAAACACUAGUUCCCUGCUUCUGACCUCCAGCAGCAUUAUCGAUCAUGAAAGGCCCAGCACAAGCCGCGCUGGCAUAGGGGAAUUAACAGCCUUAUUAGAAGACGGUGCCACGAUUUCUGAGCCCACUUGGCGUUACCAAUGGAGCACGCAGGGCAGGCCAAUAACCGACUGGACUUACAACGUCGACGGUGUCACUGACAAUGGUAGCACUAGUGACCUGCACAAGGGGUUCAGCAGCAGCAUUGAUCACGCAACGUACAGCCCAAACCACACGGGCAUAGAGCAAGCACCAUCCAUAACGGAUGGCGGCACCAGAGUUCCUGAGACAACCCGUGUUGACCAAUGGAACACGCAGUACCGCCUGGCUGAUGGUACGUCCACGGACUGCGGGCAUACACACAACACAGAAACCGAAAGCACUUGUUUCACACAUCCGGUCUACAGCAGCAGCCCAGUGGCCAGUACAAACAACGCCCGCAUGGAGGAACCAUCGGACAUUUUUGGAAAUGACGAUUGGAACGCCACUGGAACCGGAGAAAGGGAAGAGCAAGAAUUCUGCGACUUCUCUGGCAGUUGUUCGAGCAAACAGGAUGCCUUACAUGGGCAUGCCAACGAGGUCACGGGCGAUACAGCCAAGAUUUGCGUAGUAUGCGAUCUAACGUCUGUGAACAAUUCGAAGUUCGUGAAACACUGCCGGAAUACAAGAGGCAAAGAACACAAGUGCGAAAGGUGUGGCAAAGUGUUCUGCGAGGCUCGUUAUCUGACUGCACAUUGCCGCACGCACACAGGCGAGAAACCUCACAAAUGCGAAAUAUGUGAAAAAUUGUUUCGGUUUUCACAUCACCGAAAUAUCCAUAAACGUACACAUACAAAUGAGAGACCCUACAGUUGCAAAAUAUGUGAAAAAUCGUUCCGGCAGUCUGUCCACCUAGAUAACCAUAUGCGCGUGCAUACAGGCGAGAAACCCCACAAAUGCCAUAUUUGUAGUAAAUCGUUCAACCAGUCUAGUCAUCUAAAUGAACAUAAGCGCGCGCAUACAGGCGAUAAACCCCACAAAUGCGAUAUUUGUAAUAAAGCGUUCAGCCGGUCUUGUCAUCUAAAUGACCAUAAACACACGCAUACAAGCGAGAAUCCAAACACUUGCGAAACAUGUGGUAAAUCAUUCGCGCGGAAGGCAAACCUCCAUAGACACUUGUACACUCACACGGACGAGAGACGCAACGCCUGCCAUAAAUGUACUACAUCAUUUAAAACUAAACAAGAACUCAGGCGUCAUCUCAACUUCUCUUGCAGCGACAGAGCUUUCGUUUGCAAAUUAUGUAAUGAAUCUUUUGUAGACAACUCACGUCUCAGUCAUCACCGCCAAAUCACACACGCGGAUAAAGGACUAUCCGAGUCCUAUCAUUUCGCAGAGGAAGAAAGCUUAAAUGGACACAUGUGCCAGAAUUAUACGUGUUACUUAUGUGGAGAUUCAUUUGGAGACGAGGUUCAACUGCUGACACACCUUGUGACGCAUAGGGAUGCGCCGCCGUAAUGUGUGAAUGAAUCGCCCGCGGCUUUUUCAUUGCGCGAGAGUGAAGCCGUGCUGAGAAACAGCGUUGACAUUCUUUCGCAGGAGCAAGCAACUAACUGAAUGCAUCGUGUGCAGAGACAGACUUCUUUCGACAUUUACACCUGCCUAGUAAAAUGCAUGAUGUGAACGAUUCCAUCGCGUUUCUCAAGAUUACGAGAGAAAACGUCGUCACCAGAAGUAUUUGGGGUUCUUCAAGGUCGAAGUAUAUUGGAGGUCUUAGCCAGCGCUUACAGCUUGCAUAACUGUAUGUGUUGUUCGCGAGCACAGCUUUAGCACAUUUAUUUCAAGACAAACCCUUAUGGGCUGGGAGUAUGUGUUUUAUGCAAGAAGAAGGUCUAGACGGCCGCACAAGAUCCUUGACUCCUCAUUCCGGUAGAUCUUUUUUUUUUGCAGGCGUUUUGACAGUAAACAAGCUCUAAUGGACCCUCUGCUCAAUGAUUUUGCAGUGUGGUUAGAAGGGAACAUCUCAUUGAAAAGCGUUUAACAAGGAAGCACUGUUUUCUUGUCAACUAAAAAGUAAGCUCUGUCAUUCAUUAAAGUACUCGGGCCCUGCUCCCUUCCAGAAACAGCUUUUACGACAAUAUAUAGACUACGCAUGCGAACAUUUUUCUUUCAAAUCUGUUGAAUGCAUUGAGUGUUUUGGUUCUGUCUUUGGCUCUUGCAUUCAUACCGAAAAUCUUCUUUGGAAACCAUGAACUAUGCUGGUGACCAUAGUGAGAUUGUAUUACAUUGAAAUAAUUUCGAGCUUCACUAUAUGAUGUGUUCUCCCACAACGAAAAUUUUAGUUGUUUUAUUGUGGUGGCUUAAAGUUUUAGAGGGCAGUCUUUUAUCCGCUUGGAAGCAGUCAGUUAUGACUCGCACUGUUCCCUAGUUACAGCUGCAGAAUAUUUUUAGUGUGAUGUGACAAACGCAUUAGCGCGAGCAAUGACAAGAAAAGUGAGAUGCAGUUUUUAGGCAUAUUGACA